AUGGAUAUCCAAAAGGCGUAUGACUCGGUUGUCUGGCAAGCUUUAAAGAGCAUUAUGACUGAAAUGAGUUUUCCCAGAAAAUUCAUUGAUUGGACUAUGUUAGUUGUGACUACUGUGAGCUACCAACUCAACAAUAAUGGUAGGGUUACUAAGAGUAUGCAAGCUAAUAAGGGGCUUAGGCAAGGGGAUUCGAUAUACCCUUUGAUUUUAAUGGUGGUUCUGAAAUAUUUGCAUAGGAAGCUAGAGGAUUUGCAGUGUAUUCCUAACUUUAAUUUUUAUAGCAAGUGUGAGAAGCUAGGGAUUAUUGAUAUUAGCUUUGUUGACGACGUGUUGUUAUUUUUCUUUGUUCAGCUUAAGAUGAAUAACUUUGGAGUCUUUUUAAAAUGGUAA